AGGAAGUCCACUGCAGCUCACUUUUCUAACAGCUCCAGAGCAGCAGCUCCUCUGCCACACUGUGAAAACGCCGACUGUCUCUGAUAUUUACACAAGUAUUUAGACAUUUUUCGCGACUCUAAUCCCGUUUUCCUGCAAACUGCUUCACCUUUUGUUUUAUUAUUUACAUCUCGCAUCGUGUGAAUUUGACUUGACAGUCGGAAACAGGCGGAACUGAGUGUUGGGCCAUGGCCUUCCUUGGGAGCGCAGUUCGGCGGGUGGUGUCGGCAGUGCGGCCUCCUCUCUCUCCCUUGUGCCGGACGACCGCUCGGUCCUACAGCUCAGAGCCCACCAAGGAAAAAAGUGUUCCCUACGAGAAGAUACUCAAACAAGAGGCUGGAGCCUCCUCUGGACCCACUAAACCUUUACCUAGGUCCGCGGAUGUGGUGGUGAUCGGAGGAGGCAGUCUGGGCUGUCAGACCGUCUACCACCUGGCUAAAAUGGGGAUGACCAACGUAGUUCUGCUGGAGAGAGACAGACUGACUGCUGGCACCACCUGGCACACUGCAGGCCUGCUGUGGCAGCUCCGUCCCAGUGAUGUAGAGGUAGAGCUCUUAGCCCACACCAGGAAUGUGAUCAGCAAAGACCUGGAGGAGGAGACGGGUCUCCACACAGGCUGGAUCCAGAACGGAGGACUCUUCAUCGCCUCCAACAAGCAGAGGCUGGACGAGUACAAGCGCCUCAUGUCGCUGGGUAAAGUUUAUGGUAUCGAGUCCUACGUCCUGUCACCUGCGGAGACCAAGGACCUGUAUCCUCUGAUGAAUGUUGAUGAUCUGUAUGGAACCCUGUAUGUACCAAAAGAUGGCACCAUGGACCCAGCAGGCACCUGCACCACCCUGACCAGAGCUGCCUCCGCCCGGGGAGCCACGGUGAUCGAGAACUGCCCUGUGACUGGCAUCCAAGUGCGGGCAGAUGACUUUGGUGUGAAGAGGGUGAAGGCAGUGGAGACCCCUCAUGGCACCAUUGAGACGCCCUGUGUGGUGAACUGUGCAGGUGUGUGGGCCACCAAGCUGGGGGACAUGGCUGGAGUCAAAGUGCCUCUUGUUGCGAUGCAUCAUGCCUAUGUGGUGACAGAGAGGAUUGAAGGCAUACAGAACAUGCCAAACGUCAGGGACCAUGAUGCAUCGGUGUACCUGCGCCUCCAAGGUGACGCCCUGUCUGUGGGUGGUUACGAACACAACCCCAUCUUCUGGGAGGAGGUGAAUGAUAAGUUUGCCUUCAGUCUGUUUGACCUGGACUGGGAUAUAUUCAUGCAACACAUUGAGGGUGCAAUCAACAGAGUUCCUGGUCUGGAGCAGACUGGCAUCAAGUCCACCGUCUGUGGACCAGAAUCAUUUACCGCUGACCACAAGCCGUUGAUGGGCGAAGCCCCAGAGGUCAGAGGUUUCUUCUUGGGCUGUGGCUUCAACAGUGCCGGCAUGAUGCUGGGAGGCGGUUGCGGUAGAGAGCUGGCUCACUGGAUCAUACACGGCCGCCCUGAAAAGGAUAUGUAUGGUUAUGACAUCAGGCGCUUCCACAACUCGCUGACAGACAACGCGAGCUGGAUCAGAGAGAGGAGCCACGAGUCGUAUGCUAAAAACUACUCCGUGGUGUUCCCCUUUGAUGAGCCGCUGGCCAGCCGAAACAUGAGGAAGGACCCUUUCCAUCAGGUGCUGACGGAGCAGGGCUGUGUGUUCCAGGAGAGACAUGGCUGGGAACGACCUGGCUGGUUCAACAAAGACGGGCCUGCUCCUCUUAAAAACUACGAUUACUACGGGGCGUAUGACGUUAAGAAGAACGUGAACUACAAAUACAACGAAUUGCUGGGCAAGGAGUACACCUUUGGCUUCCCUCCACAUCAUGACGUGAUUAAGAGUGAGUGCCUCUCGUGUAGACACGGUGUGGCAGUGUUUGACAUGUCCUACUUUGGAAAGUUCUAUCUCACUGGACCAGAUGCCAAGAAGGCGGCUGAUUGGCUGUUCACUGCUGAUGUCAACAAGAAGCCAGGCUCCACUGUGUAUACCUGCAUGCUGAAUAAGAGAGGAGGGGCGGAGGCUGACCUGACAGUGAGCAGACUGGAGCCGGGUGCUGCCAACAUGCCCCUGGCACCACAGUCCAACGGCGACGCGUACUACCUGGCCAUUGGAGGCGGCGUAGCAGAACACAACUGGAACCACAUUAGAACGGUUCUUCAGGACCAAGGCUUCCACUGCCAGCUGACGGACCACUCUGAGGACAUGGGGAUGAUCAGCAUCCAGGGACCCAAGAGUCGACAGGUGCUUCAAGAGGUGUUGGACACAGACCUGAGCAACGAAGCUUUCCCCUUCUCUUCCCACAAAGUUGUCAACGCAGCGGGGCAUCAGGUGCGAGCUAUGCGUCUGUCAUUUGUCGGAGAGCUCGGCUGGGAGCUGCACAUUCCCAAAGACGCUUGCCUUCCGGUCUACCAUGCUGUCAUGGCUGCUGGCGCGAAGCACGGCAUCAUCAACUCCGGCUACAGGGCCAUCGACUCGCUCAGCAUAGAGAAAGGGUACAGACAUUGGCAUGCUGACCUUCGCCCAGACGACACGCCCUUGGAGUCGGGGCUAGGCUUCACCUGCAAACUGAAGAGCUCGAUCCCGUUCCAGGGCCGUGAUAGGCUGGAGAAACAGAAGGAGGAGGGACUGAGAAGGCGCAUCGUCUGCUUCACCAUCGACGAGAAAAUACCGAUGUUCGGUCUGGAGGCCAUUUUCCGUAACGGCACUCCUGUUGGUCACCUACGGCGCUCUGACUAUGGCUUCUUUGUCGACAAAACGAUUGGAUAUGGAUAUAUCCGCAACCCUGAUGGAGGAGUGGUGAGUGCCGAUUUCAUAAAGAGCGGCGAGUUUUCCCUGGAGAGGAUGGGAGAGACGUACAAGGCCAAGGCCCACCUCAAAUCUCCAUUUGACCCUGAGAACAAACGUGUCAAGGGCAUCUAUGCUUGAGAAAGACCACGCACGGGAAGACUGAAGGAAAACACACUCUGGCUGGAGAAUGAGGCUGAGAGAGGUGCAGAUACAGUACAUAGGUGCAGCUGUUUUAGUCUUAACCUCUCUGUCAUAUACCAUGCAUCUUAAAUGUGAUAUUUUGUAAAGAUUAUGAACUGUGAUUUGGUGGAUCUGGACGGGGGGAGGUACAACUUUUCUAGACGGUAAAAGAGGUACUGAUUUAAAUCUGGUAUGAAUGUUUUGUUGUUAAGCUCUACAUUUUUAUACCCGCUCUGGGUCUGAGAGUUACACUGUUCUCUUGUGAUUACUAUGACGACAAGUUCAAGAGGUAAACCUAAGAGGUUUUAUCUGUACACCUGGAGUAAACUGAAAAAGAUCCAUUCAUGAUCCAGCUAACUUUGAAUUAGCCGGCGCCUUUCCUGGAUCGAUCUUAAAGGGAUAGUUUGGGUGUUUUGAAGUGGGGUUGUAUGAGGUACUCAUCCAUAAUCAGUGUAGUAGAUGAAUGUUGUCUAAAUAUAGCGCACACUUAAACGGAUAUCAUUUUUUUAGGGGAGUUUCUUUUAGGUGGAUGAAAUAAGUUUUUCUGCCGUCCCCGUCCAGAGCUCCGCAUUGCUUUGCCCCGAUGUCGGUGCUCCUGUCUGUUUCUCAAUCCUGGGGACACGCCAACCGUCAUCUACUGGCGAAAGUGACGCCAUCUACUUCAAAACACCUGAUCUAUCCUUUAAGUACUCAAAGAACAGUACAUGAUCAAUCUUUAGUUUUAGAAAUAGAAACUAAACCGAACAAUCUUUGCUCUUUUUUAAUACAAUCAAUAGUCAAUUCAAUAUGUGUAAGCCAUAACACUACGUAGAUAACCUCUACGAACAGUCUUAAAGGAACAGUGUGUAACAUUUAGGAGGAUCUAUUGGCAGAAAUGGAAUAUACUAUUAAUAAGUAUGUUUUCUUUAGUGUAUAAUCUAUAUUUUUUUACCUUAGAAUGAACCGUUUCUGUCUACAUAUGGAGCGGGUUUUCUCCACGGGGUCCACCAUAUAGCACUGCCGUGUUUCUACAGUAGCCCAGAACGGACAAACCAAACUCUGUUAACUUUUACUGCUUGGGCCAAAGUCG